UGUACCAGCCCAGUCCGGCACACGCCUCUUCCAAUUGAAUAAAACAAGAUUAACGUUCAUCAUCAUCAGCAGUCGCCUAUUUUUAUGUCCUCAGCAGGAUGAAGGCCUCUCCCAGCAAUCUCCAAUUACACCUGUCUUGCGCUAGCUGAUUCCAACUUGUGCCUGCAAAUUUCUCAAUUUUAUAAGAGUAACAUUACGUUCCUAGUGAAGCGUGCCCACAAUGAUGUGUUUCGCAGGACUCUUUAGCGAGGACCCAGACGUCUCUCAGUGAGCACAUGAUGAGCAUCAAUGAAGUCUACCCAAACAGGCAGCUCACCUACGUCGUCUACGGCCUGGAGAAGUACUUCAACACAUGUGUGAUUACGCAGCAGAAGAGUCGAGCAAAUGCUGAGUACCGUGCCCUGGUGCUGGGCUCCCAGCAGGCAGUUCGCAGGCGCAAGCCGGGAGUCUACGACGGAAUCCCCCUCUCCCGCAAGGACAUCCAGGAGACGCUGGUGCCACUACAGCUGGACAGUGGUGUGACUGUGGCCACCAAGGAGAGCACUGAGGAGCUGGCUGAAUAUCUGGCCAAGUUCACCCGUGCACUAGCCGAGCGGCCACACAGGGAGGCCAAGCAGAGUCGUCCGCUGCAACACCUGGCCCCCGGCUCGCUGUCCAAGCACGACAGCCUGCGGCGCACCUGGCAGGCGCAGCUGGAGCAGUUUGCCAGCGUCAGCCGAGAUGUGGCCGAGGCCAUUGUGUGCCAGUACCCAGGGCCCAAGCUCCUCCUACAGGCAUAUCAAGCAUGCAAGAAUCGUGCAGAAGGAGAAACGCUGCUGGCAGACAUCCAGGUGCGGAGAGGCGCAGGAGCGCUGCAGUCAACACGUCGCGUGGGCCCCGUCGUGUCGGGACGCAUCUACCGAUUCUUUCUGGCGACAGACCAGGAUGCCUACUUUGAUUGAGCACCAUUUGCUAUACGAGGUGGCAGUGGAUGAGGCAGGCCCCAGCUCAAGACAUCACAGCAGAAACGGCUCACCUGUGUGGCAUUACGUUAAUGCACUGCUACGUGCCUCACAUUUUGCUGUAUUGCAGGCUCUGAAACUACCUAUGCUCCAUUUCAUCAGCGCUGUACAGUGCUGUGAAGGCUAGGGUCUGUGUCAGCCAAACAGUAACGAGAGCCAGCUGUGUGCUUCCACAGAAAUGACGAGGGCUCACCCAUUGUGCACCACUGAUUCUUCCACGAAGCUUCCAUUCACUCAGUGUGAUGCAGGGAGUGAUCAGAGGCAGAUAAUGGGGGAUCAUAUCAGCGUAUGCCUGCAUGCAGAAGUAUCUUGUCUUCGAAUCAUGUUUGGCAUUGAUAGCUUGCUUUUACCCAAGUGGCACAGCAAGUGUAUAUAUUUAUGUAAAUAGUUAGCUAGCAAAGUGCAGAAUUAUGUGUAUGUGAUUUGCACAGUAUCGCACAUUUUCCUUUUUUUUUCGAAGGAAAGAAAGGAAUGAGGUAAUUACGAGUUAUGCUUACUAAGCUGAGGAAUUCUAUCUUUUGGAAUCUCUCAGGCAGGCAUCAAUUUGAGCAGAACCAGGGGAUCUUAAUUUUUAUUUUGAGCAAUCCAGAUUUUAGAUUAAAUUUUCUAUGACGUUGGCUGUAUCUUAACGUGCUGACUGGAUUUUUUAUAUUCCUUUAUAUAUAUAUAUAUUCUUUAUAUGUUUUUAAUGACUUAAAAUUGUUGGGUUGUUAAUUUAUAUAGAGUAGUGACAAUAUCAAUACUGGACCAAGUAGUUGAAAUUGAUGGUGCGAAUUCUUGUAUUGAAACUAAGUUUCUUUUGCAACUGUACAUUCAUUGACUAGCCCUGCUAUUUUGGUGUAAAUAAAGUUUUUUAUAUUUGU